AUGAUUCGCUGGAUUGCAUGUUCGAAUAUCACUGAGAAGGAAUUUUUAUGCCAGGGACUCUGCGUCUAUUGGGAACAGGCGAGCUGGACACCGAAUCAGGUGGGUCUGCCGUUGUCUUUAGAGCUGGACACCGAAUCAGGUGGGUCAUCACCAUUUCCUCCGCUAGACACCGAAUCAGGUGGGUCUUCUCCAUUUCCUCCUUUGAACACCGAAUCAGGUGGGUCUUCUCCAUUUUCUCCUGUAGAGAAUCAGAUGGGUCUUCUCCAUUUCCUCCUGUUACAUAUGGUGGGUCUUCUCCGUUUCCUCCUGUAG